GGCCGACCAACUAGUCAAGUGUGUGUUUGUGUGUGUUCGUUGCACGAAACGUGUCUAUUAACGACGGCCGCGGCACGCGCACAUACAUCAACGUUAGACGUAGUACAUAUGGUUUUCUUCAUCAAUUGAAAGUUUUAUAUUGGUUGGCUUCGAUGCUAUACCAAAUACGGCUCGGUAUUUGGCCUUUGAAGCGAAGGAUUUAUCCCGACUCCGUUUUCACUGAAGACUGUCCGCUUCUCCUCCCCUCCAUGAAGCGCUGCGAUGCCCUCUGAUUUUAUAUCCCUCCUUAGCUCGGAUAUUGACCUCAAUUCUCCCAAAUCUCUAUACUCUAAAGAGUCAGUAUAUGACCUCCUCCCCAAAGAGCUCCAGCUUCAGCCGUCGUCCACCCAAACAGACCCACCCACCAUGAGCCAGAAGAGCGGGGGAGAGGCGGGACCUCCCCCCUCUGCAACGUUGGCCACAGAUGCCAACUCUUCCACCUCCAGCCCCUCUGCCUCUUCCUCCCUGGCCAUGGGACUCUCAUCCAGUGGCGGCUCUACCUCUGCCUCAGAACAUCUGACAGUCUCUCCGCAUCUCCACUCUGCGGGAGGAGACGGGGCCAGAGUGUCCGAGAUGCAAGGAAUGGAGGCCGCCGAUUCCGCCCCCAGCAGAGGCACAGGUGGAUCCAACAACACAGGCGGGGACAUAGGGAGCGGAGUGCUGUCAGGGCUCGGUGUGCAACAGCUGCAAAACACCCCAUCAAAGCGAAGGCCUGUGUUGAGCAUAUCACCGCCACCCGAAGAUCUGUUCGAUGACAGCCAAAUGUCUUGCCAAGAUGAACCCACCAUAUCCACUGCACCGUGUCCGGACUCGGAGCACAGCAGCAGUAUGUGGGCCGACGACUCCGUGUCCAACUUCAGCUUGAUCAGCUCCAUCUCAUACAACGACAACACAGAAGUGCCACGCAAAUCCAGAAAACGCACCCCCCGCCAGCGUCCGGGCCCCAAACCUGCUCCUCCAGAGAACAGCAUGGAUGUGUUUGAUGCCGACAGCGCCAAGGGUCCUCACUUUGUCCUCUCCCAGCUCAGCACAGACAAGAGCAGCACAAUUGCAAGCUCUCUGGAUUCAGGAACUGCAGUGAAGGGUGGGUCGCUGUCUGCUCAGUUUCCUCAGAGGAGUGACGGAAAGGAGCUCAAGAUCCUGGUGCAGCCAGAGACCCAGCACAGAGCUCGGUAUCUGACGGAGGGCAGCAGAGGUUCAGUUAAAGAUCGAACACAGCAAGGAUUCCCCACUGUCAAGUUGGAAGGCAUUAGCGAACCAGUGAUCCUUCAAGUGUUUGUUGCCAAUGAUGCAGGCAGAGUGAAGCCUCAUGGUUUUUAUCAGGCAUGUCGGGUAACAGGACGCAACACCACGGCCUGUAAGGAGGUGGACAUAGACGGCACCACGGUUAUAGAGAUCCCGCUGGAGCCCAGCAAUGACAUGAUGCUAGCUGUGGACUGUGUAGGAAUUUUGAAGCUGCGUAACGCAGAUGUUGAGGCACGUAUCGGCGUAGCUGGGUCCAAGAAGAAAAGUACACGAGCCAGGCUGGCCUUCAGAGUCAACAUCCCCCAACCUGAUGGAUCAGUGCUGACUUUGCAGGUCCCUUCAUCACCUAUUCUCUGCACCCAGCCAGCCGGACUGCCUGAGAUCCUGAAGAAGAGUCUCCACAGCGGCUCCGUGAAAGGAGGCGAUGAGGUGUUUAUAAUUGGAAAGAACUUCCUCAAAGGAACCAAAGUCAUAUUUCAGGAGAACAUUUCAGAUGAUAACUCCUGGCAAGCUGAGGCAAAGAUCGACAUGGACCUUUUUCAUCAGAAUCAUUUGGUGGUGACGGUCCCUCCAUUCCAAAACCAGUCCAUCACUUCUCCUGUGUCUGUGGGGAUCUUUGUGAUGACCAAUGCCGGUAGAUCACAUGAGGCCCAGUCUUUCACUUACACUCCAGAAUCAGUAGAUAACUCAAAUGGCCAGGCUGUGAAAACAGAAGGAUCCACCCUGGUCACCUCCUGCAUAUUUGACGGCCAAAUCAAAUCUGUGCCGUCUGAGCAAAGUGAAUGCUCUGACCAGCCUUCCAAACGGCAGGAGGACACACCUAUGGAGGUGUCUAGCAACCCCCAAUCCACAGAUGUUUUCAAACCGUCCAGCGAUGCUUUGAUUUCAGUGCAGCAGACUCUGGAGCUCAAUUCUAGUCCACAUCCAGGAGGAGAGGCUUUCGAGAGCCCGAUGCCCCUACAGCCUGAAGAUGUUGAGCUUGCCCAGGCGCCCCCUGUCUUCCCUAGCCUGGAGUCUCUCAGCACCAUCCAAAAGCAAGAGAUCUCUUCCACCACAUCCUUCCCUGUAUCAGGAGACACAACAAUACCCCCAGUUACAGCAGAGGUUCCUCAGCAGUUCCUCAGAGACCCUCAAGAAAGCCUGUCUCCUGAGAGCUCUGAGAAUAGUGGAACGAUUGUGGUCGUCGCCAUGCCUCAAAUAGCAGCUGCUGCUCAGCCACAGCCGCAGCAGUCACAGGUCACCCUCUUUCCCCAGGAAGGCGUGGCCCAGUUGGAGCGGGCCGUUAGGGAGUUGCAGGCCGGAGGUAACGCCACCCUCGAACAUGUACUGGAGGUGGCUGUGGCCCAGCAGCAGCUUAACUCUGUGCUUUACAGCCCCACACCCUCUGCAGAGUCCCUACAGCAGCACGUCCAGGAGAACAUGAACAGCCUGCGGUUGGGGGGGUCUGAUAAUUCACUUUCUGCACAGCAACAGAUACAAAUGCAACAACAGCAGCAGCAGCAACAGAUACAAAUCCAGCAGCAGCAACAACAAAUACAACAGCAGUUUCAGCAACAGCAACAAAUCCUCGAGAACCUGCAGCAACAGCAGCAGCAGCAACUGCAGCAGCAACAGCAGCAGGUCCUCAGCAACAUGCAGAUCCAACAACAGCUCCUGUUACAGCCUCGAGACCAACAGCAGCUGCAGCAGCAGCAGCAGCAGAUCAUGGAGAAUAUUCAGCAGCAACAGAAUCAGCAACAGCAAGUCCUGAACAACAUUCAGCUCCAGGAUCAGCAACAGCAGAACCAGAUUCUGAGCAAUUUGCAGCAACAUCAGCUGCAGCAGCAACAGCAGCAGGAGCAGCAGCAGGUCUUGGAGAAGCUGCAGCAGCACCUGCAAGCUGAGCUGCUCCAGCCCCAGAUUCACUCCCCUGCCCAACCACAACAGCCCGUCUCCCUUCUGCAGCAGGCGGGGGAGCUGCUCACCAUCCAGACCAGCUUCCCCACACAGCCUCCGUCCCACACAUCUCCACCCCAGCAGCUCUUCCAGUCACCCCAGCCGCUGGCUGAGACCCAGAGCUCGCAGCAGCAGGUUCAGGCUGCGCUGCUUCAGAACACGUUGACGGUCCUCUCUGGUGGGGGUCUGAGCUCAGAGCAGCAGUCCACCGGCUCCACCCUAUUUUUAUCCACCAACCCUCAGCCUCAGCAGCAGCAGCCCCAGCUGGCCUUCAUCUCCUCCAUGGAGACCUCAUCUAGCCAGCCCCAGUCUGUGUCGAUGUUCCAGAAUCAACCACCAACCCAGCUUUCCCAGCUGCAGUCACAGAACACCCCAAUGGAGCAGCAGCAAUCUCCACAGCAGAACCAACAGCAGCCACAGCAGCUUCCAAUGGGCCAGCAGGGCUCCUUGUUCCAGAACAUCCCAAACCACUCACCGGCAAACCCUGUUCCCCAAAACCAGAUCUCCCAGCCCCAACAGACAGGCCUGCUUCUCUGUACAACAGAUCUCAACUCGCAGACUAUCCUGUUCAGCACCCCAACCCAAGCGGCUCCCGCCAUCGGAAGCAUUAGUGUUGGAAUCCCCCAACAAGACACGGCAGAGCCCAUGUCUUUCCAAGUCCAGAGCUCCUCAGGGAACAACUCCACUCCCACUGCAAACCAACAGCAGAACCUGUUCCAGGAGCAGCAGCCAAUGCAGGUGACUCCAAGCCCCAGCCAGGUCCCCAGCAGUCAGCCGGUCAAGCUGUUCAUACCACAGACGUCGCUGUCAGGCUUGCAGGGAACUAUCGGCUCUCAGGAGCUGAACAACGAAGCUGCAGCUCCCGCUGCGACCAUCUUUGUAGUCCAGGGUGGCGUCGGCAUGGUCGCCAGCCCGGGUCAGCAGCCGCCAGAGCAGCUUUUCCAGACCACAGUGGGCGGUAAUGUAGCCCAACAAGGACAGCCCAACCUGUUUGUGUUUGGCCUUCAGAACGACUCAUCCCAGAUACUCACUUCUUCUGGACCGAACCUGUCUGCUCAGACACAAGCCCAGAGCUCUGGUCACAUGCAGCCUCUGUUGGAUCAGCCCAUGGCCCAGGCUGCCUCCGGCAUGCACAGCAAUCUGCAAAACACCAUUCAGGCACAAAUGCAAACCAGUCUAGAAAAUGCACUGCAGUCCAACAGCCAAACUCCAAUGCAGACCAGUCUGCAGUCCCAGAUACAGAAUCAGAUGCAGGCAACGAUUUCUGCAACGUCGGGCAUGGAUAAAAUCGAGGACAUAUUGGAAAGUCUGCAGAAGCAUUGAGACUCGUUUGGACAGACGUGUAGCUAAAAGUUAAAUCGGCAAAAGUGGCGUCUUGGUUUUUGUGCCGAUGCCAUGAAAACAACAACAAGAAAAUCUAAAUAUUUAAUAACAAUUUGCUCUUUUACUAAAAACCCAAAAUAUGAGCUUUGACAUCAUUUUUAAAAGGUCAUCAUUAUUAAUUUUUCAUUUUAGUGUGCAUUCAUUGCUCUCAAAUUGUUGAUUCCGCCUUUUGUAAUUAUCCAUCUUGCAAAUUAAUGAGGCCCGGCGUAACUGCUUGAUGAAUUAAUCCUAAAAAAAAAAAAGAAGAAAAAAUGCAGUGUUUUUUUGCCGUACUCAGAUAUUGUGAGCCUCAGAGAUUAUGCUACAAACCUGCUUUGUGCGGGAGAAGGAACCAGAAAGGCUUGACGGGAGAUUGUGGUCACUUGGGAACAGAGCAGGAACAGAAUAUCAGAUUCCAUUGAUGCGCAGGUUAACAGCUGAAUCUCAUUUUGUGACUGUAAAUCCUUCAUAUAACCAGGGUUUAAAAAAAAAAAAAAAAGGUAAAAAAGAACAUUUUAUCUUUGAUAUUUUCUGGCUAUACAGACUUCUGUUUCUCUUAAACCUUGGAUUCACAUGACGGCAGUCCCUCCCCUACAAAUUCAGGUGAAAUAAAGUGCAUUCUUUGUAGAAUAACGAUGCCUCUAAACAUUUGCUGGCAUGAAUUUAAUCUCUGAGGGAGGAUAGAAGAACAAUGCUAUCAGCUGUACUCCUUAAAAACAGGCGAGGGCCUGUAAUGAAUAGAUGAAUAACGCCACUGAAUGAUGGCUUCUUGUUAAAAUCGAAAACAUAAAUUGACCAUUAAUAAUACUGGUUCAUUUGAUCUAUUUAUCUUUAAAUUAUUUCAUUUUCCAGUGAAAAAUUCAACCAACCCAUUAGCUAGCCUGCAGCUGCUUACCAGACAUGAAGCUGCCAGCUUGAAUUAUAAUUUAGCGUUACUUAAUAAAGGUAAUUAGUCCCACUCUGUUGCUUUCAUUUAUUUAUUUAUUUUCAAUAUAUUAUACCCCAUUACCUCUAACCAACUCAUGGUUAUUCUAAACAUAAAAGUUUGUAUAUAAUAUUUUACAACUACAAAUGAGAUUCAGCCUGUUAAACGAUGUGACCGAGCGGCUGGUUUUGCCGUCACCACGCAGUGUUUUCCCGUUUAGGCUCAUCGUUGGGUCUAGCAAAGCUUCUUUGGUGAAUUUCAACAGCAUUCAUUUUUGUGUCAUUUUUCAGUUUGUUAGUUUUUGUGAUUUUUUUUUGUUUUUUGUUUCCCAUUUAAAUGUGCAGGUAACCUUUUACCAUUUAAUUGUCGACAGAAAGCAGCUUUCCACUAGUGGAGAAAAAAAGAGAAUAAAAAAAAAGAGUGUUGUGUGGUUUUAUAGACAUUUUAUCUCAAGCACUUUAUAACCUUUUUGUGUAACCUGCUCCUGAUUAUCCGCCCAUCCGCAGCUCUGUAAGGAACAAGCUGAAUUUGUACAUGA